AUGUUGGACUAUAUUUUCCACAAGCUAGCUAACAGGAUAGUUGGGAAGCAGAGAGAAGCUGAGAAGUGGACUGGUAGACUAUGCCCCAAAAUUCAGAAGAAAUUAGACAAAUAUGUUGAGUGGGCAAAGAACUGCAGGGUAAAAGAAUAUGGCAAAGGUGUAUUUCAGGUUAUGUCUCUGAACAACACAUAUGUUGUGGAUCUCAACAUGAAUAGCUCUGAGUGUAAGAGAUGGGAGCUAUCUGCCAUACCUUGCCAUCAUGCUAUUGCAUGUUUCAGGCACGAGAGGAUUGAACCAAAGAGCAUGGUUCAUGAGUGCUAUACAGUGGAAAACUACAAGGAUUGCAAUGGAUGGAACCUGAUGCCUAUAAGUGACAUGAAGAAGUGGGAAAAGAUGCAUGGUAUCCCUGUCUUCCCACCUAUAUACACAAAAGUCAUGGGUAGGCCAAAGAAAAAUAGAAAGAAAGAGCCAGAAGAGAAACAAGAUAAGAAUGGACUGAAGAAAAUUUCCAAACAUGGUGUUACAAUGCACUAUUCUAUAUGUGGAGCUGCUGCCCAUAACAAGAAGGGACACCACAAUCACCUAAAUGAAAAACCAAGACCAGUACCGGCAGAGGAGGCAGAGGAGGAAGAAGAUUAUGCUGAUCAAAGCAUCACUGCUAACAUUAUGCCACACAGAGUAAUUCCUCAAUUGGACCCAACACAAAGGCCAGAUUGUAUGGUGUACAAGAUGCAGGAAAAGGUAACUUAUCAAAUUCCACAUAUUUAUUUAUUGCCACCUAAUUUCUUGCAAUGUUCUCACAUAAAAUGCAUGUGCCAGGAGAAGUUCACAUACCCAACAGUUAGAGACUUUGGUCCACUUCCAGAAUCUACCUUCAUUGCAAAUGCAAGAGACUCAAUCCCAGUAGCAAGAGUGACAACAGCAAUGGCAAGUGGCAUGGUCAGAAGAAAUGCAGAUGCAGCAGCAGAAUCUAGUGCCAGGAAAAGGCAGGCUAGAGGAGGGACUAGAGCUCCAAGAGGAGGGAGGAGUGCUGGAAGAGGAGGAGCUACAGCUCCAAUAGGAGGGAGGAGUGCUAGAAGAGGAGGAACAAAUGCUGCAAGAGGAGGGAGAAAUGUUGGAAGGGGUGAAACUCAUUCUACCACAGGAGGAACAGAUUCUGGCACUGGAGGAACAAAUGCUCCAAGAGGAGCUAGAGCUGCUGCCCCUGGCUUCUACAAUCUGUUGUUUGUAAAUGAUGGAGGGAGUGCACAUCAAGCGCCACAAUUCAUGCAAGCAGAGGAGGAAGUUCUUGUUAGCCAGAAUGCACCAAAUGUUCUCUACGAGGAUGGCUGGCCUAAUGAUCUUCAUGAUUUUCUUUCACUUUAGUUUAAGUCAUGUGUGUUUUAGUUCAUGAAUGAACUUGUCAAGCAUCUUAGUUAAGUUCAUAAAUGAACUGCUCCUUUUGUUGGAGUUCAGAGACAAAAAUUGGUUUCAAAUGAUAUUUUGGUAUGGUUCA